GUGACUGUAUACUGCCCUGUUCAACCCGAGAUCCAUCCUUACCGGGGUAAACAAGAGCAGACACCGUCCUACGCUCAUACAUAAUAUAACAGUGCUCGUUUUCUAUUUCUUUCGCGGGAGAGUAACUUCUCGCAUCAGCCGCGCUCACGAUCGAAAUUUUUCAAUUUUAGCCACGCACGCGAUACAAAGUCUCCCUAUCGCGGCACUUGUGGACCCUUGGAUGCGAAGAUGCCAGACGAAGGCCAAAAUGGCCCUGUCCGGUUACGCGCAUCGCGGGCUUGCCAGACAUGUAGUCUGCGAAAGGUGCGAUGCGAUGCGACAGAGGUCGGACUUCCCUGUAGCCGUUGUCGCGUAGACAAGUCUCCCAACUGCGUUCUGGUUUCAUCGAAACGAGGAACAUACGCAAGAAGGCAGACUCGCCUCACGAGUCCCUACGAGAGGACCACGAGUGUGAAAAUCGAUGCGCAGUCGAGCAACACACGCUACCCAUCUUCCGACGAUGCACACUCGACACGUAGGAGCAUAUCAUCGGUGGAGUCGGCCCAGCCGAAUCCCGUGACCUAUCCAUCAGAGUUCUCCAACGCAACAUGCCAAGAUUCAACUCAACCAACCGAUUCGGAAACGAUGGAAUUUGACAAACCGGACAACGUGAUGAACACAUUUGAAAGUCAGAGCUUUGCGACGCCAACAAUACUACAGCAACAUCGAGACUCACUCACAUCGAUGUUCGAAAGGUUUAUGGAACAGCAAGGCCAGAAUCCCGAGGACUCUACCAAGUGUGGCAUCAUUUUUAUGAGCGGGGCAUCUCCUCUGACCUUUGCGCUAGAGGGGGCCCAACGUAGCAACCACAAGGCAGCUUUACAUGAUGCUGGCUCGCAUUUUCCCAAGGGCGAUGACAUAGGGACAAUCGAGGAUGACGCCCAUCCGUCACAUCUGUCACCGCAGGAUAUAGGCUAUCUUAAAGUGAAAGGUGUCUUUCAACGUCCGACGAGCGAGGUCAGGGAUGCAAUGGUUACAGCUUUCGUAGAGAGAUUCUAUCCCUCAUACUCUAUCGUUGAUCUUGGCGGAUUCAAAGAGUCGUUUAAGGCAGGAACCCCGCCUUGGAGUUUGCUCCACGCAGUUUGUUUUAUUGGAGCUACGUUCUGUGACUUGAGCGUGAUCCACCGAGGUGGCUUCAAAGGGCGUUUGCAUGCACGACGUCACUUCUACGAUAAGGCAAAAUUAUUAUUUGAUAUUGGCUACGAAACGAACAAGAUUGUACUACUUCAAACUGUUAUUAUGCUCUCGUUCUGGGGCCCACAGAUGAAGAGUUAUUGGAAUCCAUGUUCCUGGAUUGGCUUUGGUGUUACCAUUGCAGAAUCUCUAGGGAUUCAUAGGAUAAACACGUCUACCGACAUGGAUGCGAAGCGGAGGAGCUUGCUAAAACGGUUGUUUUGGGUUCUUGCCGUCCGGGAUGCGUAUUGUGCGGCGUUGUUAGGUCGUCCUUGCCGGCUCAACAUAGCUCAGUGCGACACGGAACCGCUGACCCUAGACGAUUUCGACCAUGAUGAACUAUGCCCGAGACAAGACCAUACAAAGUGCCAGUCACAUGGCCACUAUCAAAUCCAAGUCUCGAAGCUCUCACUCAUUCUUCGGAGCAUCAUCAUAGCGCGAUUUGGUCUAGGGAAGAAUACCAACCAGACAGCUCAUCUCCAAAACACAAUGGACAUGUGGCAAUCCGAGCUGCCGCCGUCUCUGAGCUGGUGGCGGCAGCAGGGGCGGACGACUGAUAUCCUUUCUAUAAGCUUAAAAAUAAUUUUCCACCUACAACUUAUCCUCAUCCAUCUCGAUAAACCAGGCGAAGCGGAAGCGACAGCCGCUCAUGCCACUACAGGCUUGUCGAACGGCUUCACUUCAUCGUUUCAGAUUGUUGAAUCGGCAGCGCAAAUGAUCUCAUCAACGGCUAUCACAAUCAUUGCCAACUCAAUGCUUGGUGUGAUGCCCCAUGAGAUAUUCUCGGGUUUCUUUGUGGCAGGCAUCGUUUUCUACCAGGGGAUCAAGCAACCGCAAGACUUUUUGGCUGGUCUGCCCAGGUCGGCGCUAGAUAACUGUCAAAUGGUGAUUAGUGAAGCAAGCGAGAGAUGGGAUCCAGCAAAUUGGGUGAUGAGAAUAUUUGAUUUCUUGCUGUCUAGCAGCGUCAACAAUACGGAUACAACUGCGCAAAUAGCCUGGAAUAAACCUACGGUGGACAAUACCUCUCAGGGGCUAGACACGAUGCCUGUUUCGGGCGAUGAUUACGUUCCAAAUAUGAUGCCGGAAGACGACAUCCUGCACUCUAUUGAUUUUGACUCGCCAACCUAUCAAGGCAUGGCUUCGAUGCCCAACGAGUUCUUUCUGAUGUCUAAAUUCCUGCCCAUGCCCCUAGGAGACUCUUCGUUCAUGCCGAUGUAGGGCAGUUCGGCUUGAAUGGGACCGGUAUGGCAUAAUGAAUUGUGACCCGGGACCCGGGUGACUUUCGGUGGAUUUGGAGGUGCGGCAUCCUCUAGAAAUAAAGCUACGCCAGAUCGUUAACCCAGCGUCAUACCCCAACUUAAUGGCGCACGAUUACAGUCCUCAGAUAAUCCUCGGGUCAUCCUUAGGCCGUCCUCCGUGUUUAGUUCCUGCAAUCUACAUAGCGACCGACUAUCGUUUCUUCGUUGAAGGAUAUCGUGGGGCAUCGUAUGUUUACACCGUGAUGGGGACCGGUCAUACCAGUUGCGGCUCGUGGAGGCGGUCCGCCGGCAGGGCCUCGAUGGCACGGGCUGCUCCCGUAGUAUUUGCGGAAGAUAGCUCUAGGGAGGCUACGGAGGGUGUGCGAGUUGCUCUGGUAGGGACUAUGGGAUCUUAAGUGGCCUAAAUGCAUGGCUAGCACACAGACACGCAAAAGAUCCCCAAGGAUUUCAAUUUACAGCACCGAGAGUUAGCGAACUCCACAUGUCGCAUCCGUAAUUUAAGCAUCUUCUGCAGGCUGGUAUCGCCGAGGCCGCCUGAGCUUCGGGGAGAGCUCUGGAGCCGCGUAGGGUCAGGGCCCAUUGCAUUGCGCCCAGGAGCCGGCCAGCCAAGCGUUACUGAUGCGUGACCUAUUUAGUAAGCGAUUAAUAUAAUCCAAUACUGUUCCGUCAGCGCCUAUAGUGAGCAGCUACAGUGCAUUGAGUCUCAUCUGGGGCCUUUCGGCGACCCGGUCAGAGCCCCCAACGUCGGAACUUUGCUGUCAUAAGUUACCAAUAGCCGUCCGCUUAUUGCGGGGAGCGCGGGAAGAUGGGGA